AUGACAGCUGAGCCUUACACCGUUCAACUAGACGCUGAAACCAAAGCCACAUUAAAAAUGUAUUUGUUUAGGGACGUUCAAAAUGUAAAUUCAGUACGGAAAAACGUUGUCAACGGAACCUGGAGUUGUGCUGUUAUUAAGCCUAGUUUAAUACUGGACCCUUUCCAAGUUGCCGUAGCAGCUAACAAGGCUGCAGUAGCUGAGAAAUUGAAUACUAUGGUGACAAGGACGGUUUUUGCAGAACUUUUGUACAAUUUAUCAAUCACAAAGAAUAUAACACAGAGUUUAAGCAUGUUUGGUAUUGACAAAAAUAAAAACUUACUAGUGUGCUUUAUAGCUACAGAGGAGAAGGAUCCCAGCAGUGAGAUAGUGCCACAAAUACGAGGUAAACUUUGUCUCAUGAGUGAACUGAAAGACUUAACUAAUAUGGAGAAUUUGAAAAGUGCCUACCAACUAGAGGGUUUAGCAACUGAUGAUGAUUUACUUAAUGUAAUUGUAAGCAGAAUGGUUACCAAACAAUUUAUAUCAUAUUAA